ACCGCCCAUAUCCUGCUCACCGACACCUAAUCUAACUCUCUAGACUGCCCGGUUUUCCCUAGCAUCAUGACUGGCACUAACUUCCGUGUCGCCAUUCUCCAGAAUUAUCCAAUUUCAGCACAAGGUGGUGAACGUAUGAUUGAGAAUAUCUCGAAGCUUGUCCUCAACUCGAAACCCGACGUCGAAAUCAAUGUUUACGCACCGAUCCAGGGCGACGCAUUCCCUGAUCUAGAUAACAAUGAUCUAAUCAUUUUCACUGGGGGUCCUUUUAAUCUUUUAGAAGAUGAGAAGCCUUCAUGGGUAUCUGAAACCUUGGAUUUCAUUAAAGCCGCCACCACAAAUCGGGCAAAGCCGAAGCUUCUAGGUAUUUGCUGGGGUCAUCAAGCAAUUGCGUUGGCCCUUGAGGGCUCAAUGGGGGAACUGAAGACAGGUCCUUGUAUUGGCGUUGAGACUAUUUCGUUGACCGCUAGUGGUGCCACAUUCUUCAAUGCUAGAUCACUGGACAUACACAAACACCAUAAACUUGCUGUGAUCGACAUUGGCCCUCACCUUUCUUGCUUGGGUGUCAACAAUGAAAUUCUUUUAUCGAAGGAUAACCAGGUCCUCACGUUUCAAGGUCAUCCAGAGCUUGAUGCAAUUCUGUCCCAAUUACUUAUGGAUACAGACGACCCGUCCGCUUCGCUUCAACCUAAGUUAAAAACAGGCAUUAAGGCUAUUGAUGCACCCCAUGAUGGCGAAGUGAUCUUUACGGCAAUUAUGAAAUGGGCCUCGGGGGAAACACGUCACCUAGCUCCAUAAGCAAAGCUAAUUAUGUAGGUUGGCAAAAAUACCAUAAACUAGCUGAAACAUCGUACGGGGCUCAAUUGCAAUUGGUUAUGGUCGCUACGCAAUUGUAUAUACUGCUAGACUCACAUGGAGCAACUCUAUAUGCC